AUGAAAAGCGACGAGGAGGGCUUCCAUCAUGUCGGCCACGAUGGCAUUCUGCGCUCUUUUAAUAGAAAUGGGAAGGUCAUUGACUACUACCGCCUGGACGAGAAACAGCUAUUAGCCAUUGGAAAUGAAAUACCCCAACAAAUCGACUAUCUGGAACAUUUGUCCGCAAAUGCGAAUAGCUCAAAGGUUUAUGAGGACGCGAUCUGGUCCCCGACGCCAACCAUUCCUACACCAUCGCUGAAGCACAAGACGAAACGUGGGUUGAUUAUGAAGAGAGAACCCCCCCCACCAACUCCUAGACCAGACCGGUGCCAAAACUAUGGAUGUGCAUCCGGGGGGCCGGGGGGCGGGGCGGUGGCUAGCCUAUCUUGGUCCCCAAGAGCAAACCCUCACCCUAUUGAAACCAUCCAGAACUCCGGGUUUCUUAACAAGACGGACAGCAAAUCUGGAUUUAACCACAGCCAACCGGCCAAGACCGUAGUCGCCCCAAAAGAUGCAAAGACAAGGGAGAUUAAACUCUCAUCCCACGCCUCCACCAAGAAACCCUAA